AUGAGAUUCGCCAUUCCAGCACUGCUUGCCAACAUUCUGGCACCGUCUAUUGCGUUGGCAGCUCAUGCGGCUCAAUGGCGCGAGAAGCCGAUUUAUCAGGUGAUCACAGAUCGUUUUGCUCGAGAAGAUAAUGCGACGACCAGUGUCAUCUGCGAUUCUGGUACAGACAUUUACUGUGGAGGAUCGUGGCAGGGGAUUAUCAAUCAGUUGGACUACAUCCAGGAUAUGGGAUUUGGAGGUAUCUGGAUUUCACCAAUUGUGAAGAAUAUCGAGAACUACACGCAGUAUGGGUGGGCAUAUCACGGCUACUGGGUGCAAGAUUAUUACGCAUUGAACCCUCACUUCGGUAAUGAGAGCGACCUCAUCGCCCUCUCUGACGCCCUCCAUGCCCGUGACAUGUAUCUCAUGGUCGAUAUCAUCGUGAACGACUAUGCCCAAGCAGCGUUCUACCACAACUCUCCUGACAGUCGCAACAUCGACUACUCCCAAUUCCACCCCUUUAACAAGGAAGAGUACUUCCAUCCGUGGUGUUGGGCGGACUUCUCAAACCAGACCAGUACGGAAGACUGCUGGACGGGUGACAUCAAUGUUCCCUUGCCUGAUCUGAAUCAGUCAAUUCCGUACGUGCAUGAUACCUUGUUGGAGUGGAUUGCGGAGGUGGUUAGCAAUUACUCCGUGGAUGGUAUCCGUCUUGAUGCAGUGAAAUCCGUGCCGAUCGAGUUCUGGCAUGACUUCAACAAAUCAUCUAACGUUUACAACCUCGGUGAGAACUUCGAUGGUGACGCGUCCUAUGUCUGCAACUAUCAGAACAAGUCGAUGGAUGGCUUGCUCAACUAUCCGAUGUACGGUACUGUCCUCACGGCAUUCUCAGCAACCAAUGGCAGUUUCGAGAGCCUGAAUGCAAUGAUCGCGACAAUGCAGGAAGAAUGCGUGGAUCCGACUACUAUGGGCAACUUCUUGGAGAACCAGGAUACGCCCAGGUUUUGCUCUUUCACCAAUGACCGCAGUCUUUACUUGAAUGCGUUGACCUGGAACUUCUUGUCCGACGGAAUUCCCAUUCUUUACUACGGUCAAGAACACUAUUUCAACGGCACCGCUGAUCCCUACAACCGUGAAGGCUUCUUCUCGACUGGUUACAACAGAUCAUCAGAGGCAUACGCCCAAAUCCGCUCGCUCAACCUUUUCCGCCAGAAAGCAACGGCUGACGACGCGACUUUCCUCGAGACCUACGGUUCAGCUCAGGCUGUCAAUGGUGACAGAAGCAUGGGAUACGUCAAGGGCGAUGUUGUUAUUCUGUUCAACAACUACGGCGAGGAUGCUACUGAUAUCCCAUCAUCGGCUGUCAGCUUGAAGACGUCCUGGAGCAAUGGUGACAGUGUCACGGAGAUCUUGACGGGGACGACAUAUACCGUUGGUGCGAGUGGCGCUUUGAGUGUGAAGUAUCCCUCCAACGGAUGGCCGCAGGUUUUCUACCCUACGUCACAGCUCGGAUCAGACAACUUUGUACCUACGAUUCAAAAGACGCCAAAACUGAUUCAAACGGCAACGUCCACCAGUACGGGGUCUUCGGCGACCGGUGGAAGUGGAUCUAGUAGCGGAGCUGUUGCGGUCGGAAAGAUGGGCGUUGAAGCAGGGCUUUAUGCCGCGAUCAUGGCAGCGGUGUUUGGAGGUAUCUUGGUACUCUAG